AUGCUUACUGAGCUGCCUUUUCCCUUCACGCACAUUCACAACAAUCAGGGGAGACUGUCGAAAAUGCGCUGUUAUGAUAGUGCUGCCCAUCUGGCCGCACCUUGCUUCCAGUUCGAUACGUGCCCAGAUGGCUUUGCACUCAUCGAAGAUGAUAUUGAAUUUGACCCGGCUGUCCACCUCCAGCUGGAAAUGCCUGAGCAGAUCAAAUCAUUGACUGAGCUGGGCUACAGUGACGAGGAGCUGACUAAACUUCAGAUGCCUUCGGAUGUGGCCGUGACUUCCCUCUACCGCGUUCUUUCGGACGAAGGUCUUGCCGCCAUGCGCCACGUGAUGAAGCAGCUUGAGGCCCACGCCGUCGUCUCACCCCGCAUUCCUUGUGUAUUACGUGGCUCGCCCAAGGUUGCCCCUGAAAAGCCGGUUGAUCGCUGGCAUUUUGAUACCACUCCUUUGGUCAUGGUUCUCUUUUUGACUGAUCCUGAUGAAUACGAGGGCGGUCAUUUUGAGUAUUUCGAUGGCACCAUUUAUGAGGCUCAACGGCUUAUCAAGGAAACCGGUUCGCUACCGGAAGACCGCAUUCGCCGCCUUGGUCGCCAAAAGGCCGGCUAUGGCGUCUUUCAACAAGGACCAGCUGUCAUGCAUCGCGCUUCGGCCGUCACAAGCGGCCCCGAGCGCAUCACAUUUGUUCAAAGCUAUGUGUCCACAGACCCCUUGGCUUUUGGAGGCUGCAAUCACCUCGCCGAGUCGUACAAUGGCAAGUGUGAAGACGCAAGCCUCCAAAUCAGUCAUGCUCAACCAAGUGCUUGCCUAACCCCACGCCAUCCCUGGUACCGCGACUUUCGUCUGAACCUUACAGGUGUCGAUCCCCUCAACGUAUUCAUGCCGGAUUGGGUGCGCUUUCGCUCAUGGGUGGCCUCUCUGGAGCUAUCCAAGUUGCUUCACCCUUCACUCCUGUACACCUUGAGCGGUGCGCUGGCGGAGCGAGACUCGGACGUGGUAGGCCCGGGCAAGCGGGUGUUGACGCUUUUAGAUAAGAUGCAGGCAGCCAUUGCCUGCCCUUUCAUUGAUGCCCGCGAGGAUAUUGUUGCCACCAUCGAUAAGUCAUUGCCUGACCUACAGGCCCUCGCAGCUCAACUAGACGAGACUUCGGAGCAUUUCAAGUCUGUGCGUCGAGCGGCCGACAUGCUGGCCUCGGCGCGUGAAGACGUGUUGACUUUGGACAAGUCAACAAUGGCUUACUUUUGAGGCUUUCGAUGUGACUUGACCGCUCCACCACCUAUUUUUUGCUUAGUUCUGAUUCUUGCCGAUUGGCACAGUCGCUUGCACUUCUCCAGGCCUUUAUUUUUUUUUAUUCUCUUUGAGUUUUCUGUCUUUGUUGUUCUCCUCUUCUUUAAUUCCGGCACAGACCACUCGACCUUACGACGAUCUCAAAAAGUGGUCAAUUUUAAGCCACGAC